ACCCCUCGCAUCACCACACCGAAAACGUGUGGCCAAAGAGUGAAAUGCAGCAGACACAGGUGAAUGCAGCAGCAAUUAUGAAUCACAAGUCUCCUGGCGACAUUUCAACGGCGACAACGGCUAGUGCUGCCAACACAGAUCGGGCGGCCAACAACAAUAACAACACUAAAAAGACAAAUAGCAAUAUCACCAACAAUAAUACUGUGAAUCUCGAUGUGAAUGUGUCAAGUGUCGUAGUGAAGAGUACAUCGCCAACGGGAAAUGGGAAGACGAAUCAGGACGCACCUACGCCACCCGAUACUCGUGCCAAACAAGUGUUAAAAGAAGCCGUAGAUGCCGUUGUUAACAGUUUCGCCAAGCAUACGCAGGGCUACGGAAGGGUGAAUGUUGUGGAAGCUCUUCAGGAAUUCUGGCAGAUGAAACAGUCUCGCGGGGCUGAAUUGAAGAACGGUGCCCUGGUCAUCUACGAAUCCGUCCCAUCGAACAGUCAACCCUACAUCUGCUACGUCACCCUCCCAGGUGGAAGUUGCUUUGGGAGUUUUCAGAAUUGCCCAACGAAGGCCGAGGCGCGACGGAGUUCCGCCAAGAUUGCCCUUAUGAAUUCCGUUUUCAAUGAGCAUCCCUCGCGGCGAAUAAGUGACGACUUCAUCGAGAAGGCAGUCAACGAGGCGAGGGCAUCCUUUAAAGGUGGUGACGGUGAGGGAACUGAUGGACCCGAUACCGGAAUUGGAGCAUUUCGAUUUAUGCUAGAGGCGAACAAGGGUCGCACGAUGCUGGAGUUCCAGGAGCUGAUGACGGUGUUCCAGCUGCUGCACUGGAAUGGUUCGCUGAAAGCGAUGCGGGAGCGUCAGUGCUCGCGCCAGGAGGUCGUAGCUCAUUAUUCCAAUCGUGCCCUGGACGAUGACAUGCGCGCCCAGAUGGCUCUGGAUUGGAUUGCGCGAGAGCAGGAGAAUCCGGGUGUGCUGGGCCGGGAGUUGGCUGUGGCCGAGAGAGAGUUAGAGACUGCCCGCCUGGCCGGUCGGGAGCUGCGAUUUCCAAAGGAGAAGAAGGACAUUCUCAUGCUGGCGCACACACAACUCGGUGGCGGAAGUGUCAUCAGCAGUUGAACCCUCCAGUAAGUCCAAUCCAUUCCUCCCUCCGACCCACAGUUUGGUCUUUUGUCAGCUGCUCCUCCUUUAGUUAGUCUUUUGUAACAUAGAUAUCCAACGUUUUAUCUCUUAAGUUAUAUCAAUCGUUGAUUGUAAUCAUCAUAAGCUCAAGUUAUAUGUGAUCCAUAGAUUGACAGACUCACACAAAACACACCACAAAUCCCGACCAAUAUGCACAAAACAAUUCUUUUUUUUUUUUGAGCACUUGGGGACUCUUGGUUCUGUUAGGAAAUUACAAUUAACUCUUUUCUGACCUGUAAUAAUCCACUUAAAGCAUUUAAACUAUUAUUUUAAUGCUAAAGCAUUUUCAGUUUUAAAAGCGUUAACCAGUCAGAGAACAGGAUGGAUGCAAAAAAAAAUAAUCCAAUGGAUUACAACAAAAACAGUUUAAUUAUUUAAAAGACGUUUCAUGUUUGAAGUUUUGAAGUUUCCGACUUUAUACAAUUCUCAAAUUUAAACAGAAAAAUUGACUCUUAAAAACGCACAAAUGUCUUUAUAAAAAGUACAAAAGCUGCCUGAAAGCUUAAUAAAACUUUUAGACGAGUUUAAAGUUUAUACCAUUUAAUUGUCAAAAAGAAAUAGAGCGAAACUAUAUCGAAAUACUGAAUUUAAAAGCUUUAGGAAAAAUUUUCUUUAAGUUUUCUAAAAUUGAACAGAGAAAAGUGUUCCCAAAACCUUUAAUAAAGAACUUUAAGAAACCUUUUCUGAUGUUUCCUCGUCUAAACACUUGAGAAAAUAUUGAUUUUUCAGGUCUGUCAGGUCUGUCAAGACCCUAAAAGAAACGUAAGUCAGUGGAAUUAGUGUUACCAGAGCGGAUGUAAUGACGCGCUAUUUCCCAAUAGGAUCAUCUACACGACACUUUCCGAUCCCUUACGAGUUUUAACGAGCUCAUGCCUGCGUAUUAUUUGAUGUGAGCAAGAUUUUGACACCUCGAAAAGCUCUGGCUUUAACUCAUAAACUAAUCUUUCAAGAAAUCACUUAACUCUGAUUAUAUUCUUUAAAAGCAAAUAGAGUAGAGUAGGUCAGUUUCAGACAUGCAUGACUUUAGAAAAUAUAUAGAAAUGAAAUUAA